UUCCGAAAUUGGGCGGGACAACCGCCCCUGAGUGGACGGACAAUUUCAACUUCACAACAAACUCUUAAACCGCUUCAGAAUGCAUGGUAGGAGUCUCGGUGUGUCUCAUUAUGAGGCACUAGACGGCUGAUUCCAAAUAUAAUGGCCACACUUCGGGCUGGAUGGCUUCUGUCCAUCUUGCUGGUCAACCUGCCGACUUGUUUUGCUGGUCCCCCUGCUCCUCCCCCUGCUCCUGAGUGCUAUGUGCCAUGUGAUGAGAAAAACUGUAGAGCAGAUAUUCACUGUACUUGGGAUGCAGGGCUGGAACCUCAAAUCUCCACGAACUACAGCCUGCACUGGAAGCCAGCAGAGAGCAAGGAUCAGCAUAUGAUCAGUGGGACCAGUUUUAGUGGGUAUAUCCAACGUGUACACUUUGUCAACGAUGAACUUCGUGUUUGGGUCCAAGCAAAGAACCAGCACGGUUCAGCCAAAUCACGGGAGGCUGUGUACAUCCACAAGCCACCCCCUCCUAAAGUCACACAGAACCACCAGGAGCCGUUUGAGAUUGACUGGAUUUUCACCUGUGAUCAGCUGCCACUCUCUAUGGGACACUGUGAUGUUCGAUAUCGGGCUGAGGCAGACCAACUCUGGCAGGAGGACGAGGGCGGAUUCUAUGGCAGCUAUACACUAGACAGCCCCAAGCCCUGCACAGCCUAUGAAUUUCAAGUUCGCUGUGCUUGUGGCACAAGCUUGAGGAGUGACUGGAGUGCAAUCCACAGAAUACAAGACACGACGACCCCUGUUGGAGAGCUGGAUGUAUGGAGGGACUGUGGGAUAUCCCCUGCAAGCUUUGACUGUGUUCUGACCUGGAAGAGGCUUCCUGCAUCUCAGGCUUGUGGUCGCAUUCUGGGAUAUGAAGUCAAACUGUCUUACAAUAACGGCACAGUGUUAGUGAAUGUGUCCACAGCUGAGCCAAAGGGUCAGUUAGUGUGUGAUGAGAUGCAAUGCCACUUCACUAGCUCUCUAAAGGAUGCGUCAUCAGUCAGUGUAUCAGCCUACAAUGCCCAUGGUGCCACAGUGCCUUCUUACCUGGCUAUGCCAGUAUCAGGUAAAGAAAAAAAUGCCCAAGUUGUUCACCUCGAGAUGAAUGAAGAGAACCUCACGGUGUUCUGGGAUCUGCCCUCUCGGCUCUCUGACAACCUGAAGGAAUAUGUGGUGCAAUACAAACAAGCAGGAAGUCCUCCAGGGCAAGAAUUUGACUGGGUCAAAGUGAACAAAAGCAACACAACAGCAUCUUUUAAAGGUCAAUUCAAAAAGUACACACCCUUCCAAGUGUCACUGUUCACAGUAUCGCACAGCAGUAAAGUCCUUCACCUUUCAUCAGUUACAGGAUAUUCUCUUCAGGGAACCCCCUCCAGAGUGCCAUCAUUUAAGGUGAUUUCCAUCGCUGCCACUGAUGUGACCCUGCUCUGGGAGCCUGUUCCACUGCCCAAGCAGCGUGGGGUGAUCCUCUACUACCAGAUAGGAGUAGACAAACACCAUGUGUACAAUGUGAGUACGUCUCCACAGCAUGAAAAUAAGACAUUCAGUCAUCAGUUGUCGGACCUCAGCCCAGGCCAGGAGUAUGAGGUGUGGGUAAGAGCUGUGACUGCAGUCGGGCCUGGAGAAAUGGUCACCACAAGGUUCAAAACACAGCACCAUGAAUAUUUUGCAUACCUCACAAUCCUGGUUGUAAUUUGUCUGAUUGUAAUAUGUGCUGUUGUUGGUUUUGUCAGUGCUUGUCGAGAAAGAAGCAAAGCGUGUCCACUGAUGCCCCCUUGUUACUCUGAUAAAGUGCCAGAUCCUCGCAAUAGCUGCAUUUUCAGAGAGAUGAAGCAGCAGAUUAAUGACCCCAUGGCUUGCAUCCGUGUUCCCAUCCAUGAGCCACAUCCCAAGAUCUCUCUGUUGGAGGUUGUGGAGGUUGAGCCCUGGGCUUCUAAAUCCUCCCUAGAGAAAACCUCAGAUGUUGACGGAUUAACUAGACCAGUGGUUGGAAAUGGGAGCUCACAGAUGGACUGCCAAUAUGAUCAAAUGGAGGAUGCUGUCACAGAGGAGUGUCAUAGGACAGACAUCAUAUGUGGAAGAGAGGCGUACAGUAAAAUGGUUGACUCAGAUGAGGAGAGGGACAGAGAAGAGGAGGACAGGAAAGACUGUUGGAGCUCAUCAGAGGAAGAACAGUGCACGUCAGGUUACGAAAAGCACUUCAUGCCAACUGCUUCAGAAAUACUGGAAGUUUCAUGAUGUCUCCACGUUGAAUCAUGGACAUUCUCAGAUGUGUGUUGGAAUUUGCAUAAAAUGUGCAGGAAAGGUGCUAACCUUCUGGACAGACUUCUGUGGCCUCUCUCUGCAGGACCCUGGAAAGUAGACUCACGUCAUUGGAGAGAUUUGUCUACUAGACCUAAUGAAAAUCAGCCAGUCCCUCUCUCUACCCUGGCUGCCACCGUUUGCAUGUGUUUAUUUUGGUAUUUGGUUUGGGUGCAUGUGAUUAUUGUUUGUUUUGCCAUAUGGUGUUCACUUUUCCCAUUUCAGGUAGAACUCAGGUAUACUAAGGUGCAGUUUUGUCUUGCAUUUAGCCUGGUUGUGAGACCAGGGAAAAAUAAGAACAAAUGCACAGAUAAACUGACAAUUUACCGGAUGUGCAGAGCCCUAGUAUAAAGUAUGCAUAGUUUGGGAUUUCACUGAAGGUGAUAGCGUGCGCUCAUAUACAUGAUUAUGUAUUAGCAUAUGAGGAAACAAUACAAAAGUCUGUGUCAAAUGUUAGAGGCAUAUAGUUUGUAUAUAUUAAAUCCUAGAUGAGCUUGUGAAUGUGUACAAAUGUGAAUCAAAAAUGUCGCUACAACCUCUAAAUUGAUUUAAAAACAACAAGCUAGUAGCUUGUUAAAACUCUUGCUGUUUUGAUCCCACUGAAUAUAAAUGUUAACACAACUUCCCUGUAGGCAAAUUGUCCACAUCCGUAAUUUUUUGUUUACAUUGCUGCACCUUAAAUGUUUUAGUAGUAAGUAAUACAUUUGACUUACGCACAGCUGUUGUAUGCGAUUGAAUAAAGAAUUUAAAUAGG